AUGGGUAUCUUUGGAAGGAAGCACGGAAAUUCGGCCACUGCGAUAUCACAACCGGUUCUCACUUUCACAGACGCUGCGCCUCGAGAUGAUCUCCGGGGUCUCUGGGACAUUGAAUCGCCCAAGCAGGGUAUGGCCGAGCGUGGUAAACCCCACACAGAAAUAACGAUGCAAGAAUUUCAGGACGCCGUUCAAGCAUUUGACUUUACCGUGACCGAGCCGCCAGACGGAUUGGUCACUGGACAUUCUGCUAAUGGCACCAUGGACGGGUCUAUGAUUGGGAUUGCAUUGGGUAGUCCUAGCAUGCUACCGCCUCCGCCACAAUUUCAACCGAUUGAAUGGAAGACCCCUACCAUAGACGUUUCUUCGGAGAGGACAGAGCCACCGGGCUCUUUAAGACGGAAGCCAAGCAAGUGGAAAAAGUUCGGCGAUCUUUUCAAAGGAAAGCAGGGUGAGACGAGGCAGACGUAUGAGCCUUUCUACCAGCUCGACAGGAAUAAUCAGCCAUAUCAUCCCGAAUCACAGAUGCAAUUUCCAAGCUCCGAUAAUGGAACUGCUAAUAUCAACCCAAUACCAACACCGGACAAAAGUAUCAUCAAAGGCCAGGAUGCCAAAGAUGAUUCGUUGUUGCAGAUUGACAUUCCUACUGUCCAUAUGGAGCGGUACAGUGUCAUGUUUAGCAGUGUGCUGGGACAAAAGCCUUCUUCGUCUCUACUAGCCAGACGGAGUAAGGCAUUGAAUCAGAUACAAGUUCAUCAUAGAAAAAACAACAAUUUUAUCGAACCUCCUAUACCUCAACGACGGGCUACAUCCCCCGGACCAGCAAAGUCGCCUGCGUUCUUAUUGUUCCCCAAUAACGAAAAUGGCCCUUCUGCAAACCCUCUAGAUGCCACUGCGCCAUUGGAACUGAAGAGUCCUCGUCGAUCAAACACUUUUCCCGCGGAAACCCCGCGCACCCAAACCAAGAACACUCACCUCACCGUCCCAGAUCUUACACCUGCACUGUCGAGCGGCACGUCAUUGGGGUAUGCAUCGACGGAGGUAUCUUCAGCCGGGAUUGAUUCUCCUUCUGAGAUAAUUUCCAAACCUACCUAUAUUCCCGGACCAGAGCCUGUCUGGGAAAUGAUCACGAAACGUUCUGACUCGCCUUUGAGCAUCACCAUAUCUGCGCAUGUCUCGACACACUCAACCCCAGCAACAAGCCGUGAAGACCUUGUCAGCACGAAAGCAAAUCAACUACCGCGAGAAAACCCCUUGUUUCCACCAAGAGUCAGCAGUCGCGAUCAUGACCUACCGAUAGGCCAACCAAAACCGCGAGCAAGAUCGCAAACAAUGCCAACGCCAUUGAAAAUCAACAAGAAAACAGUAUCAAUAGAACAACAGCCAAAGCAAAAACCACCACAACGUCAAGAGCAACAAAAAUUCGCCAUCUCUACCGCUCGUUCCGUAUCUGUUACUGGCCGCCGACCCCCCAAACAGUCAUCUGCUUCUCUCGCCCCUCCGCCAUCCUCAUCCCUACCACCCGGACCAGCCACCCGAGAUCGCUUCCAAUUCGAGCCCACUAACAAGGACGAACGAUUCGGCGAGCAUCAGAAACUCGUCCCCACAGUCGUUGAUAUCCGUCGAGGAUCAGGCCAUCAACAUAAGAAGUCCGAAAACGUUGUAAUUGAGACGUUGUGA